CACACAUAUCAGAAUAACGACACACACACACAGACAGACAGACACACACACCCGGUAUAAAAGUCACAUUAAGAGCUAGAGCCAGCGACUGCGGCAAAAAAAAAGCGGCGACAAUGGCUGAGGACAUUAAGACCAAACUGGAGAACUACCGCACCGCUCCCUUUGACGCCAGAUUCCCCAACCAGAACCAGACCAGGAACUGCUGGGUCAACUAUGUGGACUAUCAUCGCUGUCAGAAAGCGCUGACCGCCAAAGGACAAGACACAUUACCGUGUGAAUGGUACAGGAGGGUCUCCAAAUCACUCUGCCCCUCGGCCUGGAUCCAGAAAUGGGAUGAACAGAGAGAGGAAGGAACCUUCCCGGGAAAAAUCUAACCCAGCACGCCAUUUUUCAAAGUGGCUGAACUUCAAACAUGUAAUCUUUACGACUUAUGUUUGUGUACGUGGUGAAAAUCACCACCUUUCCACAAGUACAAUGAAAACUGAAUGUCAUUCCUGUCCCAAAUGUCAUGAAAUGUUCAGCUAAUUCUGUAUUAAAAUAUCUCAGGAUAUAUUUAUGAA